UCAGUUUGGAGCUGCUCAACACACAACUGCUAUAGCCUGCCGUCCCCUCUUAAGCUGUGCAUGUGUGUGUGUGUACUUGUGCACACACACAUACACUGAGCGAGGCAGACGUCUCCGAAGACUCAACAGGAGAUUUCACCGAACUGCGCGGCAGACAAUCACUGACGCAUGGUCCAGCCUGAAACCAACUUGAAUUAUAGAGCUGCUGUUUUUCUGUCGUGAUUAUUUCCUUCACCCUUCCUUCAUCCUGAUCGACGAGAAGUGGACGCGGAUGAGUACGGACGGCUCUUGCAUUUGCAUUGGAUUGGAUUGUCCACACCCCUUCGGAGAUAAGGACGGGGACUGAGCUCUCGGUUGCGCCUACAGGAGAAGGAGAAAGUGACACUGGGAAGACCGAAGGCGAAACAAGAGGCGAGACUUCACUGAUUUGGGGAAUUUAUUCACUUUGAUUGGCAGGAAAAGUCGUCCAGUUUUCCUCGUCUGACUACCUUCCACCGGAACCAGCUUGUUACUGAACAAUUUGGAUUUACAUCAGAUGAUACCUCCCCUGGCGGCAGACAUGGAGUCCCUCCAGAGCUGUGUCCACCAUGUCCCUCUCCGUGCGGCCUUCGCGCCGAAUUGUUUCCCGGUCCAUCACUAGGAGUCAGUCCUUCGCCGGAGUCAACUCCUACGACAAACCCUAUAGGUCCCUCGCUGUGUUCAGCACCCCAGGGUGCACCAGGAAAGCCUCCAACAGAGGAAGCAGGAUGUUCACCCUCUCCGCCAAAUCAGUGCCCCCUAAGGUGCCUCAGCCUGAGAGGCUGGAUGAGGUCUACGAGGCCCUAAAGAGAGGCCUGCAGUCCUACCUGCAGGUCCAUCAGAUGGAGCUGGACAGCCUCAGCAGGCAGAUGAAGGAAUCCAAGAGGAACUCCCGCCUGGGCUUCCUAUAUGAACUGGACAAGCAAGUGAAGGUUAUUGAAAGGUUCAUGAGACGGCUGGAGUUCCAUCAGAGCAAGAUUGACGAGCUGUAUGAUGCCUACUGCAUGCAGCGGAGACUGCGGGACGGGGCGAAUAAGAUGGUGAAGGCCUACACAGCGUCCAGCAGCAGCAGAGAGGCCAGGGAGAGUCUGUCCGAGGCCAACAAGGGCUUCAAGGAAUACACAGAGAAUAUGUGCAUGCUGGAAAACGAGCUGGAAAAUCAACUUGGAGAGUUCCAUAUCAAAAUGAAAGGUCUGGCAGGCUUCGCGAGGCUCUGUGCAGGGGACCAGUACGAGAUCUUUAUGAAAUAUGGUCGUCAGCGGUGGAAGCUCCGGGGCCGGAUCGAGAUCAACGGCAAGCAGGUGUGGGACAGCGAGGAGAUGGUCUUCCUGCCGCUCAUCACCGAGUUCCUGUCGAUAAAGGUAACAGAACUCAAGAGCCUAGCCAAUCACGUGGUGGUGGGGAGCGUGUCUUGUGAGACCAAGGACCUGUUUGCUGCGCUGCCUCAAACGGUGGCUGUUGACAUCAACGACCUGGGCACUAUCAAACUGAGCCUGGAGGUCACCUGGAACCCCUUCGAUAAGGACGACCAGGCCUCCUCCGCCAGCACUGUCAACAAAGCUCCCACAGUCAACAAGCGCUUCUCCACCUACAACCAGAGUCCCCCAGACACGCCGUCUCUGCGCGAGCAGGCCUUCUAUAACAUGUUGCGGCGACAGGAGGAUGUGGAGAAUGGCACGGCUUGGUCCAACUCCUCCGAGUCGUCCGACGACUCGUCCAGCCCCCAGCUCUCCCUGGGCCUACGCCACACCAACAAGAACGUGGUCCAGCCAGAGGUGCAGGCGUCCGCCCCGGCCAUCGAGAUCUCCUUUGCCCCGCGCGAGUCCGCCACCUCCACCCCCACCCGCCUAGCCAAUCAGAAGGAGGAGGAGGAGGAGGAGGAGGAGGAGGAAGAGACUGCAACUGUGAAAGUCAAAGCCAGCCCUGUGGCGUUGGCAGCUGCAACAACAACAACAACAGCAGCAGCGGCCGCCGGCGUGGAUGCUGGGAAGACGGAGAUGCCAAAUGGUCAUGCCCGAUACUCGCGCUCGCUGAGUCACAUCAGCGAGAGCAGCGUGGAUGGCGCUCUGACGGACAGGUCGACCAGCGACUCGGUCGAGCCAUCUGAGGUGGCCUCGGUCGCGUCUGGCAUAUCAGUCAACGACAUCAUCAUGGAGAUGCCAGUCAGGGCGGAGCCUGCAACCGCAGUGGAGGUGACCCAGGAACCCAGCACUGCAUCGGAGCCAGAAAGCUCCUGUAACGAGGCCCUGUCCUCCGAGGAGCUGCCCGCGGGGCAGCAGGACUCGGACGCGUGUUCCGUCACCACGGCCUCUGAUGAGCCCCAGCCCGAGCCCAAGCCGGACCUCCCCUCAGAGCCGGCGUCCGAGGCUGACUCUGAGAUCAGCUCCAAGGCCUUCUCAGAGGAGACCAGGUCAAUGGACUCGUCGUCACGGACUGAGGAGGCGUUGGUCCAGCAGGGUGACUCUGCGGCCUUUCCCAGGACUGAGUCCCCCGCUCCGAGCCAGGAGCCGGAGGCCAUGGUGGUGAGGGCCCAUGUGGCUGUGGUGGAGGCCGAGGAGGAGCCUGGGCCCGCAGUAGAGGCCAAGCCCUCGGACAGUGAGGGGGAGGAGACAGUGGACAUUGGGCUGGACGAGGCGCUGACUGGCGUCAUCUCCUCUCUGGAUGAUUACAGAGGGCAGUUUCCAGAGCUGCAGGUCCUGGAACAGGAGCUGAGACAACUGGAACAAGCACUGUCGGGCUGUAGCCGCAGCCGCUCCUCCAGCGUCAGCCUGACGGUGGAGACGGCACUCGAGAGCUUUGACUUCCUCAACACGUCGGACCUAGAGGAGGAGGAAGAGGAGGAGGAGGAAGGAGGGAGGCCGAGUGGGACGGACAGUGAGCGGCCAGCUGAUGAAAGUGCGGGUGAAGACGAAGGCUGUGAGGAGCGCUGCUGGGAGUCUCCCUCCGGCCCACUCAGCACAGCAUGUCUGGCUCUAGACCGCACCCUGCUGGUGCAUCUGAGGAACUGCAGCUCCCAGCUACUGCGCCUGGGCACAUUUGGCCCGCUGCGCUGUGGGGAGAUGUACGCUCUGGACCGCCUGCUGAGGGAGGCCCGCGUGCUCGAGCUUAUCAGACGAGUCGCCAAAGAUUCGACAGAGGGCAUGAGUCAGCCUGAAGAGGUGGUUCCCCAGCUAGAUCAGUGCCAGGGGGCAGUGUUGCUAUGGAAGCAGUGUAUGGAUGGCAGCAGUGAGAAGGGUGGUGUCUACAGCACGUCCACAGAGGCCUUUCUGCACGCGCUCAGUACCACCUACUCCAGCAGACUACCAGAGCGAGCAGCAAGCUUGGCUGAUUCAGUGUUCCUGCGGCUGGUGGAGAGAAUGCUGGAGCGGAGGCUGCCCAGACGAGGAGGAAGGACCAGAGAGAUGAUCACGCUCUUCCAAUUCUGGAGCUACUUGGAGGCUGAGGGAGUCAUCGAUCUGGACACACACGUCACUGAGCUGGCUGAGGAGGUGUGGCUGGUCCAGUGUCUGCAGUGUGGGGACCAGGACGCACUGGUGAAGGCGCUGAAGAGGCCCCCGGAGAGCAGCCUGAAGCGGGAGGGCCUGCGGGCCGUCAGCCUGCUGCUGAGAGACCCCCGCGGGAAGGUGUGCAGCGCCGCCAGCUCCCUGCUCCGCAGCCUGGCAGACCAGCCGCGCCACCGAGAGCGGGCACUGGUGAGCUGCCUGGAACUUCUAGAAGAUGAGAGUUUGGAGACGCGAGUGUGUGGAUGCAAAGCACUUGCAUGCCUGAGGGCCAAAGAGAGCAUCGACCAGCUGGUCUACCUGUGUCGCACUGACAAGGAAGAUGUGAGGGAUGCCGCCAAGCAAGCCCUGCUGGUGCUGGGUGAGGAAGGCAAAAUGGCCCACCGACAUGUGGAGUCGUCGCAGGACGGAGUGGCCCGACUAUUCGCCCCUGGCAGCAUGGCCAGCACAGCGUUCUGAUCCGGCAGGAAGCAGCCACGCCCUUAAAUCUCCACAAACACACACACAACUGAACCAUGUCAACUCAGCUGUGUCUGUCCAAUGUUGCCAAUUCAAAGAGACAGGUGAUGACAGAAAUCACUACACUGUAAAUGUGUGGGUGAAAACAAGCUGACCCACAGCAUGGACUUCACGCUGUAACUGUAUCCUAUUUUCUGACAUGGGGUUGUAAGUGAGGCAGUCAAGAUCAAGAGAGCACGGACACGGACAUUAAUUAUUUACCCACCCACAAGCUGACGAGUAAUCACAAUUAUAAAUCUGUAUAUUAUUCUGUAAUAACAUUUGUUACAAGGGGGAAGGUGUGAUAACGGCAAAGUGUGAUGAAGGAGGGUGAAAUGUUGCGGAAAGCAGAAGAGGAUGGAGGGUUUUGCUGCCUUAGUAUUUGGCCCGAUGGUGUUGCCUUUUUUCCAGAACAUGGACACGUGAUUUUAGAACAGCAUCCAGACAAAAAGCUGGACUACCAGAUGCAAGAGACGACAGUCUGGAUGCCCGCUCGCAGAUUGAGGGUGAAGCAUAUUGGGGGAUAGGGUAGGAGUGUUAUUGUUCACUUUGUCUUUUAUUUGGGGAGGAGUGCACUUUCGAAAUGGUUGACUUUUGAGGUGAGGACAAAAUUACGACUGUGUGGAGUGCUUGGUGUGAGUGUUUGUUGAAGAAUGUUAGUUGGUAAUGCAAGAGGGGUGGUGUGAUUGGUAUCACUCCUUGGGGGUGGGGGGACUGGAGGGAUGGAAACAACACCCCAGACCCCCCCUCCCUCAAACACACCUUAAUAAAAGACCAUUAGGACCUGGAGGGGGGAGGGACCACUAAAGCAUCACAGUGCCAUCAUUCUAUAUUGUCAAAUAUGUAUGCUUUAGAAGAAGAAUCUAUAUGAAUCUAUAUAAAUAUAUAUAUAUAUAUGAAUAUAUUCAAUUGGAAGAAUAUGUGUUUUCUAAAUGUGUUGUAAUUUUAGUUGAAAUGUUUAAAUACUCAGACUAUAUGCAGAACUAUCAAGGGUGCCGAAGCCACAGUAACUUACAAUACACUUGUUGAUGACUCAAGCCACUGGCGUUUUACUGAAGAUUAUUUCUGCUGUAAAGGAGAUGAAGCUUAUGUUUUUUGUUUUGUUCUCAAAUCAGAACUAUUAUUUUGUUGUAGAAAUGUGUAAACUGUGGUGGACUUGGCCUUUUACAGAACAGGAACAGACAACCUCUUAUGACCACAUGAUCUCUGGGUCGGCCCCUGCAUGCACACCGAGAACCUCCAACUCGGGGCGUUCUCUGCCAAGAUGACAGGACAGGGAGACGGGCUCUAUGAGAGAGCCUGGAACUUUUUUAUUUGCUAUUUGAUCCGCUACUUUUAUUUUCCCCAUUCUGUCAGACUUUCAAAUGGGCGCUGAAUAGCCUCUUUAAUGAACAAGUGCCUCAAAGUAAGGGGAGGGGGGGGGGAAAUGCUAAGACUUUAUUUAAGAGUUAAUGAUUGCGGUGCAACAUGACAAACUGCAUCAAAGAUUUCAGUAUAUUUUCCUUAAGACUCACAGAUUGUGCAGCAUUUAAGUGAUUUUUUUUUUCUAUAAAAUGUAUAUUGUCUGACAAGAAUCUUGCCUGACAUCAAGUGUAAAGAAAACCAUUAAAACACAAUUUUAAAAAGA